UUUUCAGUUUUAGCUGCCUGGGAAGAGUUGUCAUACUGUUUGUAAAAAAUAAAAUAAAAAUACAUUAUUAUUUUAACUUACUAAAUAUUUUACUUUGUCGCCUUUUUAAAAUCUGGACUCGGCUGACAAAAGAAAAUGUCGAAAUCGUUAAAGAAAAUCGUGGAAGAAAGCAGGGAAAAGAACCUGACAGAGGUGGAUAUGUGUGACAGAAGCAUCUCUAAUAUGCUGGAUAUCGCGGGACUUUAUACAUUGUCUAACAUCACCCAGCUGGUACUUAGUCACAACAAACUCACAACUGUUCCACCAAACAUAGCUGAUCUGAAGAACUUGGAAGUACUGAACUUUUUCAAUAACCAGAUUGAAGAGCUCCCAACACAGCUAAGCAGCCUUCAGAAACUCAAACACCUUAACCUGGGCAUGAACAGAUUAAACUCCCUGCCCAGAGGAUUCGGGUCACUGCCAGGUCUAGAGGUUCUCGACUUGACAUACAACAACCUCGACGAGUCCUCCCUCCCUGGAAACUUCUUCUACCUCACCACCCUGCGUGCACUCUAUCUAAGUGACAACGAUUUCGAAAUCCUGCCUCCAGAUAUUGGGAAGCUCACGAAGCUGCAGAUUCUGAGUCUAAGGGACAAUGACCUUAUUUCGAUGCCUAAAGAGAUUGGGGACCUCAGUCAGCUAAAGGAGCUCCAUAUCCAAGGGAACCGGCUUACAGUGUUGCCCCCUGAACUGGGUAACCUGGAUCUGACAGGUCCCAAACAGGUUUUCAAAGCCGAGAACAACCCCUGGGUCACUCCCAUUGCAGACCAGUUCCAGCUGGGAGUGUCUCACGUUUUUGAAUAUGUUCGUUCAGAAACCUACAAGUACCUAUAUGGGAGACACAUGCAGGCCAACCCAGAGCCCCCAAAGAAGAACAGUGACAAGACCAAGAAAAUCAGCCGCAAACCCCUGGCAUCUAAAAACAAAUGAGGACCAAGGUUGUUUGGAACAAAUUAUCAAUAUUUCCACUAACAAACUCUACAAAUGAAUGUCUUGGGAGUUUUCUACAUGUAUCGCACCAUUUUAUAACCACCACAGAAUUAUUAAUCUCACCAGUGGUUUAAGCUUCAUACAUAGUGUCACACUGUUUAUGUUGGUAUGUAUCAGCUCAUUUAUCACUUAUAUUAUAUGUGUUUGUUUGCUUUUAAAACUCACACUUGUUUUGGACGUCAUCUACUCUUUCAUUUCAGAUAGAAGUAUAAUUUGUUCCUCUGUUAUUUUAAAUAAAAUAAUGUGUUUGUAUGACAA